AAAAAAAAAUUCCAAGAAGACGAAAGCGAGAGAGAAGAAGGUUUAGGUUUUUUUUUUUCCAAUGGCGACGACGACGGGACAUGAGAGAUCGAAGGGUCUUUACAAUUUCUCGUUACCGAACUUAUGGGGAACUCGAAGACAACUAAGGUGUAUGAAGGCCGCUGAUGAUUCCGACGGUGGUGGUAGCUCCGGCGGUGAUCAAAGACUCCGACGUCGAUCUUCGAAUUCCGAAUUAGAUAAUCGGAAUCGACGGUCUCUGGUGGAGGAAUCGUCUGAGAAAGAAGGAAUCGAAGAGUUUAGGGAGAAGAUCAUGUUAGAUCUUAGAAACGUUGCUGAUAAGAUGACCGAAUCGAUUUUUAGGGAACAAGUACUCGUCGGCGACGACGAAGAAGACAAGGAGCCCGAGGCGGAGAUGGAGAUGGAGAUGGAGAUGGAGGAUUGUCCUCCGCCGCCGCCGGAAGCGCCGGGAGCAACGGUGGAGGUACGGCCGUGGAAUUUGAGGAAGAGGAGAGCUGCUUGUAAAGCUCCGAUUCCGAGGAUUGAUUCGAAUCAGUUUAAGGGAUUAGGGAUUGAGGAGAACAAAAGAGUACUAAAGAUGAGAUUGGAGUAUACGUUGUCUAAGAAAGAGAUUGAAGAUGAUUACAUGAAGAUCUUUGGGCAACGACCACCGCGUAGGCCUAUGAAACGAUCUCGAACCGUUCAGAGACAGAUCGAUUUGUUGAAUCCAGCUUCUUAUAUUACUGAAAUUACUGAGGAGCUUUACAAUGUUCGUGACCAAGCUGAGAGGGGAAAGAGAUGAUGAUGAUGGUUGAUGGAUUGAGGAAGGAGUUUCAUAGCCUUAAUUUGCUGACUUGUGGGAUCGGUUGAAGUUUGUGAAUUGGUCUUUUUUUUUGUUUCUUUGGUGUUUCGUUUAGUUAUUCAUUGUUUAGUUUUGGGUUUUUUUCUUCUUAUGUUCAUUAGCUGAGAAUAACCUGUACAAAUGAUAUGGGAACAAAAAGUAGGUUCUGUUUCAUUAGAACACUACUCUUUUGUUUUUUUCUUCAGUAAGGCAGCAAAGAAAAGCCAAUAUUAAUCAAUAAUAGGAUUUAGCAUUUUUAUCAAAUCUUGCCUUGUGUGA